AGCCCAAGUCACAGAGCGUCUCCUUAAAUCUCGACUCGUGUCGAGGCAGCACAAGACACUUGUCGACUCCACCACACUUCCCAAUCUCAAGAUCGCUGCGACACGACACUCUCCCAAGUCCAACGUUGAUGAACAAAUAAGCCCAAACAAAAACACUAACCCAAGAUCUAAAUCCAAGGAAAUCAUUCCAAAGCACAAUCACUGAAAAUACCACAUGAUCUACUUGGGCAUGAUUGAUAUGUAAGACAAAGUUUGCUUAAGUAAAGCUCUUACGUCUACUUCAAGUCUUAGAAAGUGGGGUCAAAGAUGAACUUUAGGAACUACGGUGAUAAUAACAACCCCACUUGGGAUGCAAUGGGUGGGAAGCCACCAGCAAAUGUUACUCUGAUGAGACAGCCCUCAAUAUACUCCUUGACAUUUGAUGAGUUUCAGAACACAAUGGGUGGGAUUGGGAAGGAUUUUGGGUCAAUGAACAUGGAUGAACUCUUGAAAAACAUAUGGACAGCUGAAGAGACUCAAGCCUUGGCAUUUUCAGCUGGUGGAGGAGAAGGUCGUAACCCAAGUGGUACUUUGCAAAGACAAGGUUCUCUAACAUUGCCAAGGACUCUUAGUCAGAAAACAGUUGACGAGGUUUGGAGAGAUUUGAUCAAAGAUAGUGCUAGUGUGGGCAAAGAUGAAAGUGGAAAUGGCAAUGGAGGGGGUUCAUCUGUGCCACAAAGGCAACCAACAUUGGGAGAAAUGACUUUGGAGGAGUUUUUGGUGAGAGCUGGUGUUGUGAGAGAAGAUGUGUUUCCACAAGUUGGAAAACCAAAUGACAACAAUAAUGGUUGGUUUGGUGACUUUCAUAGACCAAACAAUAACACUGGUCUACUUCUUGGGUUUCAACAACCAAAUAGAAAUAAUGGGAAUUUGGGUGAUAGGGUGGUGGAUGGUAACAACUUUACUCCUAAACACCCUUCUCCUUUAUCAUUAAACUCAAAUCACUCUCAGCAACGACAAGUACAGCCACAACAACAACAGCACCAGCCACCGCCACUUUUCCCAAAACCAACCAAUGUAGCUUUUGCUGCUCCUCCUAUGCAUUUACUAAACAAUGCUCAACUUACAAGCCCUGGCAGAAGGGGAGGGUUGAUUGGUGUUUCUGAGCAUUCAAUGAAUGGUGCAUUGGUUCAAAGUAGUGCGGUGGUUAGUGUUGGAAUGGUUAGUUUAUCCACGGCUAAUGUCACAGCAUCUGGGGCUUCUCCAUCAAGUAAAAUAUCACAGGAUGUAAUUACAAAGAAUAGUAAUGUAGAUACUUCUUCACUUUCUCCAGUUCAUUAUGUGAUCAACAGAGGAAGGAAAUGCAGUGCUGUAGAGAAAGUGGUUGAGAGGAGACAAAGGAGAAUGAUAAAGAAUAGAGAAUCAGCUGCUAGAUCACGGGCUCGCAAGCAGGCCUACACUUUCGAACUAGAGGCUGAAGUGGCAAAACUCAAGGAACUAAACAGAGAAUUACAACAAAAACAGGUAGAAAUUAUGCAAAUGCAGAAAAAUAAGGAUAUGGACCCUGCAUGCCGGCCACGGGUAACUAAAAUACAAUGCUUGAGAAGAACACUUACUGGACCAUGGUAAACUAUUUGAGUCUCUUUGUUUAUAAGCGACAGCUAUACGAACGAAGGCAUUGUUAUGUCAUAAGGACUGGAGUAUGUAUGUGAGAUUGAGGUAAUUGCAGUCCGAAGCUAUAUAGGGUGCUGAUAUUUUAUGUAUAGGCCACUAGGAGGGUUGAGUUGUACAUUAAACUUGUAUCUUUGGAUAAUAAACUAUUAUAUAUGCUUGAAUGCUAUUUUCUUUUCUGUUGCAGGAUGAUAAGAUAACACAAGCCUAUUGGACUGUCUCUAACUUUUUUGUAGAAUUUAAGUUCUAGUCAUAGCACACCUUUCAUGCCUUAAUCAAAGGAGUGGGAUUCCCAUGUAUUUCCCACAAGUCAUGCAUAGUUAAUGGGAGUUGAUUUAUUUGGUUGACCCUUUUCUCAUAACAAACUUAGUUUUGAUUGUAGGAGUUUCUCAGUUGACAAUGUGUAUUCUUAUUGUAAGUUUUUAUGGAUAAAAUAUAGAUUCUUCUUAAUCUAAACUUUUGUAUAGAAAGAGAAAAUGAAUUCCCUAUAAUUUCUUUCAUUGCCAUUGCGUGAGAGUCUGAAAUAAGGCGUUAUCAUAGUGUUCGUUUUCUUCUCGGAUACACGUGGAAUUUGGAGAGCAAUUGGAGGGUUAUUAUUAGUAGGCAUCAUUAUUAUUUGGCACAAUCGUUCUGUUUU